UCCACCAUGUUGUCACACACACACACACACACACACACACACACACACGUUGUCACUUUUAGGAAGGAGGCAAGUUUUCUUCCUCCUUCGGUACGAAGCCACGCAGCCUCUAUGGUCGCCCCUCUUAUUCUGUCUACCCCCACUUUGAGUCACAUCUCGCCGCCUCUACUUUGUGAUUCAAUCGCUAUCCGCUGGUCAAAGUGAAAGCCACGCCGCCAUUUUUACUCGACAGUCAGUGGAGGGAGAAACUUUGCUAGCUAGCUGGCUAGCUGUCGUUAGCUAGCAAGGCUAGCGAGGAAGUCGACUGACAACUCGCCGUGAGCGCCCGAACUUGGACCAACUCGCCCCGGCAUGACACCGCUUUUCAUGUCCAGCUAGCGUCGGUUUAAGAAGGACGGAGAGUAAGAUUUAAACUCAGUUUUGAAUCCUGAGUAAGGAGCGUCUUCAUCGACGAGAAGGGUGUAGUGUUAGCGUCGGCCCUAAAGCUUUGAUUUUUUUUAAACUUCACUGGCUUGCCUUGCUAUUCUGCCUCAGCCCCGCUCCUCAGACUCCCUGCUCGUCGUGAGUAGACCAUCCUGGGGCCCCACUGCCACUCCCCAACCUGCGUGGAUUGGCCUUUGCCAGGUGUCCCUGCGCUCGUCCCUCAGGCCCUUGUACUUCUGCAGAUGAAUCUUCGGCUGCUCCGGUGUAGCUCAGCACCCACACUGUCUCGUCCCGUCUGCGUGGGCGACACGGGACCCCUCUAACCAGGAUGCCGUCCUCUGUCCGGGCGGGGAGCCUGAAGGAUCCGGAGGUGGCCGAGCUUUUCUUCAAGGAAGACCCAGAGAAGCUUUUCUCCGACCUGCGGGAGAUUGGUCAUGGCAGCUUUGGCGCUGUCUACUUUGCGCAUGAUGUGCGCACCAACGAGGUGGUGGCCAUUAAGAAGAUGUCGUACAGCGGGAAGCAGUCCAACGAGAAAUGGCAGGACAUCAUCAAGGAGGUCAAGUUCCUCCAGAGGAUCAGGCAUCCCAACAGCAUUGAGUAUAAAGGAUGUUACCUGCGCGAGCACACUGCUUGGCUCGUUAUGGAGUACUGCCUAGGUUCGGCCUCCGACCUCCUGGAAGUCCAUAAGAAACCUCUUCAGGAGGUGGAGAUUGCUGCCAUUACCCAUGGUGCACUGCAGGGGCUGGCUUACCUGCAUUCACACAACAUGAUCCACAGGGACGUGAAGGCGGGAAACAUCUUGCUGACGGAGCCCGGGCAGGUCAAACUGGCAGACUUUGGCUCUGCCUCCAUCGCCUCGCCUGCCAACUCUUUUGUGGGGACGCCAUACUGGAUGGCGCCUGAGGUGAUCCUGGCCAUGGACGAGGGCCAGUAUGAUGGAAAGGUUGAUGUCUGGUCUUUAGGCAUCACGUGUAUAGAGCUCGCCGAAAGGAAGCCUCCUUUGUUUAACAUGAACGCAAUGAGUGCCUUAUACCACAUAGCGCAGAAUGAGAGCCCCACAUUGCAGUCUAGUGAAUGGACCGAUUAUUUCCGGAACUUUGUUGAUUCUUGCCUUCAGAAAAUCCCACAGGACCGACCGCACUCUGAUGACAUGCUGGGUCAUGCAUUUCUACAGAGGGAGCGUCCAGAUUCAGUUCUGAUGGACCUCAUUCAGAGAACCAAGGAUGCUGUGCGUGAGCUGGACAACCUGCAGUACCGCAAGAUGAAGAAGAUUCUCCUCCAGGAGGCCCACAAUGGACCUGCACCAGAAGCUCCCGAUCCAGAUGAGGAGCUGGAACCGGGCGGUGGGCGCACGGGAACAGUGAACAGCGUGGGAAGUAACCAGUCCAUUCCCAGCAUGUCCAUCAGCGCCAGCUCUCAAAGCAGCUCUGUUAACAGCCUCAAUGAAGCUGCACAGGACAGCCGCAGCGAGCUGGACCUGAUGGAGGGAGACCACACCGUCAUGUCCAACAGCUCUGUCAUACAUCUCAAACCGGAGGAAGACGAGGCUUUCUCCGUGGAUCAAGCAGCCAGCGAAGGGUCGUCAGAGCCUCAGGCGACAUCCGCUCAGCCUCCCAGGAAGCACCAUCGAAACAGAGAGCACUUUGCUACCAUCCGCACUGCUUCCCUGGUGACACGUGAGAUGCAGGAGCACGAGCAGGACUCAGAGCUUCGGGAGCAGAUGUCUGGGUACAAGCGCAUGCGGCGGCAGCACCAGAAGCACCUGAUGUCACUGGAGAACAAGCUGAAGGGCGAGAUGGACGAGCACAGGCUGAGGCUGGACAAGGAGCUGGAGAGCCAGAGGAACAACUUCACUCAGGAAAUGGACAAAUUGCUCAAGAAGCACCAGGCCUCCCUGGACAAGGAUCUGAAGACGUUUGCUAACGAUGAGAAGAAGUUCCAGCAGCACAUUCAAGUGCAGCAGAAGAAGGAGCUCAGCAGCUUCCUGGAGUCUCAGAAACGAGAGUACAAACUACGCAAGGAGCAGCUCAAAGAGGAGCUGAGUGAAAACCAGUCCACUCCCAAGAAGGAGAAGCAGGAGUGGUUGUCGAAGCAGAAGGAGAACAUCCAGCACUUCCAGGCUGAGGAGGAGGCCAACCUGCUGAGGAGACAGAGACAGUACCUGGAGCUGGAAUGUCGACGCUUCAAGCGCAGGAUCCUCAUCGCCAGACACAACGUGGAGCAGGACCUCGCCCGAGAGGAGCUGAACAAGCGUCAGACGCAGAAGGACCUGGAGCACGCCAUGCUCCUCAGGCAUCACGAGUCGAUGCAGGAGCUGGAGUUCCGCCACCUGGCCACCAUCCAGAAGGCCCGGGCCGAGCUGAUCCGCACCCAGCACCAGACAGAACUCACCAACCAGCUGGAGUACAACAAGAGGAGGGAGCGUGAGCUCAGGCGCAAACACUUCAUGGAGGUCCGACAGCAGCCUAAGAGCCUCAAGUCCAAGGAGCUUCAGAUAAAGAAGCAGUUCCAGGAAACGUGUAAGACACAGACGAGGCAAUACAAGGCCCUCCGCAACCACCUGCUGGAGACCACCCCCAAGUGUGACCACAAGGCGGUGCUGAAGAGGCUGAAGGAGGAGCAGACCAGGAAGUUGGCCAUCCUGGCCGAGCAGUACGACCACUCCAUUAACGACAUGCUCUCCACGCAGGCCCUGCGUCUGGACGAGGCCCAGGAGGGCGAGUGUCAAGUGCUGAGGAUGCAGCUCCAGCAGGAGUUGGAGCUCCUCAACGCCUACCAAAGCAAGAUAAAGAUGCAGACGGAUGCUCAGCACGACAAGGAGAGGCGAGACUUGGAGCAGAGGGUCAGCCUGCGGAGGGCGCUGUUGGAGCAGAAAAUAGAGGAGGAGAUGCUGGCUCUGCAGAACGAGCGUUUGGAGAGAAUCCGCUCUCUGCUGGAGCGUCAGGCUCGAGAGAUCGAGGCCUUCGACUCGGAGUCCAUGAGGCUGGGCUUCAGCAACAUGGUCCUCAGCAACCUGGGGCCCGACUCACAGGGAGGCUGGGGAGGAGGAACCGGCGGAGGCCACGGCGCUCCUGGAGGAGGACACUGGCCCGGAGGAGGAGGCCACCACAGUCACCAGCAGCAGGGGGGGUCCAGCUCCCAGCAGCCUUGGGGUCCACCCAUGAUGGCCGGUGGCCCACCCCCUUGGAGCCUCCAUCACCCUGCAGCGGGAGGUCAGAGGGGGAGCGGGGCAGGUGCGGGAGGGGUGAGAAACAGCCCGCAGGCUUUGAGGAGGACGUCAGCGGGGGGGAGGAGUGAACAGGGCAUGAGCAGGAGCGCCAGCAUCACCUCCCAGAUCUCCAACUCGUCACACCUGUCCUACACUUAGAACGCGUGCACACACACACACACACACACACACACCUUACGUCAGGGAGUGCUGGAACACAAUCCAAAGUCAUUACAUUUUUACCUGCGUCAAAGUUAGCAACAGGCUAGUGUCAUGUCUGCCAUAGUAGUGUCAAAUAGCCUCAUUGUAGUGCCACGCCAGUGUCAUGUUAGUAUCAUGUCUGCCAUGUUAGCCACGUAGUUGUUAUGCUAGUGUCAUGUUAGCGGCAUGCUAGUGCCAAUUUAGCAUCUUGCCGCAGCCUGCCUCAACAUGCAUACACUGGAUGCAACGAGCAAAGAAGGCGAGUGUCGUGUCAAGUGUAAGAAAAAAAAAAAAAAAACCUCCGUGUACUAAGCUAAGAUAGUUAGCCCAGAGUGUGGGUGUUGAGCCGGUGCCAAGCUACGUCGUCUACGUCCAUGCUGGACAGGAAGUGACAUCAAGUUGUGAUGGAGGGAUGGGGGUUGAUGCUGUGAUCUUCACUGCUGUGCCCCUGCGAACCUUCCCCAGUGUGACACCCCACUCUGUCUCACCCUCACGACCCCGCCCCGCUGAGUCUACGCCCUGCCCACUUCCACUGUGAUAAGACGGAAGGAAACGAGGUGAACAGGUGAAGUGUAUAUACUGUACGUAUGUACGUCAAUAUACUGUAUGUAUGAUUCUAAAUAGGAGGUGCAUCUGACAGUCGCAGGUGGAAUGUACAGUAAAUGUGUUAAUAUUGUAAAUUGAAUUAGAAAGAAAAUAUCUUUUAAUUUACACAACAAAGAACAGAGAUGUGCUUUUAGAGCGGCAGCGUUCCAGUCAAUGCGCAGUGGGGGCUUAGCCAGAUAAAGCUCAUUCCCUGACGCCUUAAGAGACGUGCUAGCUUCCUGAGGCAAGUUCCCACGAGAUCGUUUGCACUGAUUGCACAACGAUAAAGCAGAAACAGGAGUCUAUGGUGGCCCCGCCCACUCGGGGGCAGGGUAAAGCAUGUACAGUUUCAGUAUUCUUUGCUGUCCUUGGUGGAUUUUGCUGUCUGACUUUUCUGGUUGAAAAGCUGAAUGUCACGUUGCCCAAGAGAGAAGUUAUUCCUCACUAAAGGACUCGAUGACCUACAUGUUUAUAAGAAAAACAAUGUCUAGGGACAUAAAUGUAAUAUUUCGUUUGUAAUUAUUUUUUGUUGGAAGAGGGCUACUGGAUUAAGAAUCAUCUGUAAUAAAGUAAUUUUAUUA